AUGGAUGUCAAGGCGGCCCCCAACGGGGUGGCCACCAUCGAGGACCGGAUCCUGCGGAUCACCGGCUACUAUGGCUAUUACCCAGGUUACUCCAGCCAGAAAAGUACCUCCAGAUCAUCAGUCACGCGAUGUAAACCAGGAGCCAACUGCCCCAGUUCACACAGCGGCAUCAGUAGACAACUAUCCCCUCUAUCUAUCACCGAAGAUUCUUCUGCUCCUAUUCUUGAACUUCAGAGCCGAGGAGCCUCUGGAGUUUGUGGACAUAGAGUUGAGAGACAGAACAGAUCAGGGGAUGAUGGGACACAGACUCACCCUGAGAAUAGCAGCCAAGAAAACAGAAUCAAGGCUCGUUGCUUGUCCUGCGCCUCCAUGGUUCUGAAGGCCAUCUGGGGACUCUUGAUCAUCUUGUCAGUGUCAUCGUCUUGGGUUGGAACCACACAGAUUGUAAAAAUUACUUAUAAGAACUUCUACUGUCCAUUUUUCAUGACUUGGUUUUCAACAAACUGGAACAUUAUGUUUUUCCCAGUCUAUUAUUCUGGUCAUCUGGCCACUGCUCAAGAAAAGCAAUCUCCAAUGAAAAAAUUCAGGGAAUGCAGUCGGAUUUUUGGUGAAGAUGGUCUGACAUUGAAGCUCUUUCUUAAAAGAACUGCUCCCUUUUCUAUUCUGUGGACUUUGACUAAUUACCUGUACUUACUGGCUUUAAAGAAGCUGACGGCCACAGAUGUCUCUGCUCUGUUCUGUUGUAACAAAGCCUUUGUCUUCUUGCUGUCGUGGAUUGUGCUGAAAGACAGGUUCAUGGGAGUGAGGAUAGUUGCCGCAAUAAUGGCAAUUACAGGCAUCGUCAUGAUGGCGUAUGCAGAUAAUUUCCACGCUGAUUCCAUCAUAGGAGUGGCCUUUGCAGUGGGCUCAGCUUCUACUUCUGCACUAUAUAAGGUUUUGUUUAAGAUGUUUCUCGGAAGUGCCAACUUUGGGGAAGCUGCACACUUUGUCUCCACCUUGGGUUUCUUCAAUUUGAUCUUCAUCUCCUUCACCCCAGUAAUCUUGUAUUUCACCAAGGUGGAGCACUGGUCCUCUUUUGCAGCUCUGCCAUGGGGCUGUCUCUGUGGGAUGGCAGGGCUGUGGCUGGCCUUCAACAUCCUGGUAAACGUUGGUGUGGUGCUGACAUACCCAAUUCUAAUCUCCAUCGGGACAGUGCUCAGCGUUCCUGGAAAUGCAGCUGUGGAUCUCCUGAAGCAGGAGGUGAUAUUCAACGUUGUCCGCCUGGCUGCAACCAUUGUUAUCUGCAUCGGGUUCCUGCUGAUGCUGUUGCCUGAAGAGUGGGAUGAAAUUACCCUGAGAUUCAUCAACAGCCUGAAGGAAAAGAAGAACGAGGAGCAUGUGGACGAUGUGACUGACUCCAGUGCACACCUGCGAAGCAGGAGCAGAGCCAACGGGACAGUGUCCAUACCACUGGCUUAG